AGGCGGCGGCGGCGGUUGAUGGUUGAUUGUUGGCUCCAGGGUAGGGGUCGCCGCUCGGGCGAUCUCCUCAAACCCGACCAGAGUGCGUGGACUGCUGACGUUCGGCCUGGAGCCCGCGGGCGAGACCUAGUUGGGCUCCGCCAUGCGGGCCGGGAGUAACGAGCCGGACGGCGUCCUCAGCUAUCAGAGACCAGAUGAAGAAGCUGUGGUGGAUCAGGGUGGGACCAGUACAAUUCUCAACAUCCACUAUGAGAAAGAAGAGUUGGAAGGUCAUAGGACUCUGUACGUGGGGGUCCGGAUGCCGCUGGGCCGGCAGAGCCAUCGGCACCACCGAACCCAUGGCCAGAAGCAUCGGAGACGAGGGCGGGGCAAGGGAGCCGGCCAGGGGGAGGAAGGCCCCGAGGCCCUGGCCCAUGACACACCAUCUCAGCGUGUUCAGUUCAUUCUUGGCACUGAGGAGGAUGAAGAGCACGUGCCUCACGAGCUGUUCACAGAACUGGAUGAGAUCUGCCUGAAAGAGGGAGAGGACGCCGAGUGGAAGGAGACGGCCAGGUGGUUGAAGUUUGAAGAAGAUGUUGAGGAUGGGGGAGAGCGCUGGAGCAAGCCUUAUGUCGCAACCCUUUCACUGCACAGUCUCUUUGAGUUAAGGAGCUGCCUUAUUAACGGAACGGUCCUUCUGGAUAUGCAUGCGAACAGCAUAGAAGAAAUCUCAGACCUGAUCCUGGACCAGCAGGAACUGUUCAGUGACCUGAAUGACAGCAUGAGGGUUAAAGUACGGGAAGCCCUUCUCAAAAAGCAUCAUCAUCAGAAUGAAAAGAAGAGAAAUAACCUCAUCCCCAUUGUUCGCUCCUUUGCUGAGGCUGGCAAGAAGCAAUCUGAUCCACAUUCAAUGGAUAAACAUGGUCAGACUGUGUCUCCUCAGUCCGUUCCAACUACAAGUCUUGAAGUAAAAAAUGGAAUGAAUUGUGAACACAGUCCCGUGGACUUAAGCAAGGUCGACCUUCAUUUCAUGAAGAAAAUUCCCACUGGGGCAGAGGCCUCGAAUGUCCUGGUUGGAGAGGUGGACUCUUUGGACCGCCCCGUUGUCGCCUUUGUGAGGCUGUCUCCGGCAGUCCUUCUCUCGGGCCUGACAGAAGUGCCCAUCCCAACAAGAUUUUUGUUUAUCCUACUGGGUCCAGGAGGGAAAGGUCAGCAGUACCAUGAGAUUGGCAGAUCCAUGGCCACCAUCAUGACAGACGAGAUUUUUCAUGAUGUGGCAUAUAAGGCAAAAGAGCGGGACGACCUCCUGGCGGGGAUUGACGAGUUCCUAGACCAGGUGACGGUGCUGCCUCCAGGGGAGUGGGACCCCUCCAUUAGAAUUGAGCCACCCAAAAACGUCCCUUCCCAGGAGAAAAGGAAAAUGCCUGGAGUUCCAAAUGGAAAUGUUUGCCACAUAGAACCGGAACCACAUGGGGGCCACAGCGGGCCAGAACUUCAACGCACUGGGCGGCUAUUUGGGGGCUUGGUGCUGGACAUCAAGCGGAAGGCCCCCUGGUACUGGAGCGACUACCGGGACGCACUCAGCUUACAGUGUUUGGCCUCCUUUCUGUUCCUGUACUGCGCCUGCAUGUCACCUGUCAUCACCUUUGGGGGACUGCUCGGAGAAGCCACUGAGGGGCGCAUAAGUGCAAUUGAAUCCUUGUUUGGCGCCUCCAUGACUGGGAUUGCCUAUUCCUUGUUUGCCGGACAGGCUCUCACCAUCCUUGGAAGUACUGGGCCAGUGCUUGUGUUUGAAAAGAUUUUGUUCAAAUUCUGCAAAGACUAUGCUCUUUCAUACCUCUCCCUGCGAGCUUGUAUCGGACUGUGGACCGCCUUCCUGUGUAUUGUCCUUGUGGCAACUGACGCCAGUUCCCUUGUCUGCUACAUUACCCGCUUCACCGAAGAAGCGUUUGCCUCCCUGAUUUGCAUUAUUUUCAUCUAUGAAGCAGUAGAAAAGCUGAUUCACCUGGCAGAGACCUACCCCAUCCACAUGCACAGUCACCUGGACCACCUUAGCCUGUAUUACUGCAGGUGUACUCUCCCAGAGAAUCCCAACAAUCACACCUUACAGUACUGGAAGGACCACAACAUCGUGACAACAGAAGUCCACUGGGCCAACCUGACUGUUAGUGAGUGCCAGGAGAUGCAUGGAGAGUUCACGGGCUCUGCGUGCGGCCACCAUGGACCCUAUACUCCCGAUGUGCUCUUUUGGUCCUGCAUUCUCUUCUUCACCACCUUCAUCCUCUCCAGCACCUUGAAGACAUUUAAGACAAGCCGCUAUUUCCCAACCAGAGUCCGCUCCAUGGUGAGUGACUUUGCUGUUUUCCUCACUAUCUUCACAAUGGUGAUUGUUGAUUUUUUGAUUGGAAUCCCAUCACCAAAGCUUCAGGUUCCCAGUGUGUUCAAGCCAACACGGGAUGAUCGAGGGUGGAUUAUUAGUCCCAUUGGCCCCAAUCCCUGGUGGACUGUGGUAGCUGCAGUUAUCCCAGCUCUUCUCUGCACUAUCUUGAUAUUCAUGGACCAGCAGAUCACAGCUGUCAUCAUUAACAGGAAGGAACACAAACUCAAGAAAGGAUGUGGCUACCACCUGGACCUGCUGAUGGUGGCCGUCAUGCUGGGUGUCUGCUCCAUCAUGGGCCUGCCCUGGUUUGUGGCUGCGACUGUCCUGUCCAUCACACAUGUGAACAGCCUCAAACUGGAAUCUGAGUGCUCUGCCCCUGGAGAACAGCCCAAAUUCUUGGGUAUCCGAGAACAGAGAGUAACGGGCCUUAUGAUCUUUGUGCUGAUGGGCUGCUCAGUCUUCAUGACAGCUAUAUUAAAGUUUAUCCCGAUGCCGGUACUCUAUGGAGUUUUCCUCUACAUGGGAGUGUCUUCACUACAGGGAAUUCAGUUCUUUGAUCGUCUGAAGCUCUUUGGGAUGCCUGCAAAGCACCAGCCAGACUUCAUCUACCUUCGGCACGUGCCGCUGCGCAAAGUGCACCUCUUCACCCUCAUCCAGCUGACCUGCCUCAUCCUGCUCUGGGUCAUCAAGGCAUCUCCAGCUGCCAUUGUCUUUCCAAUGAUGGUUCUGGCCUUGGUCUUUGUCAGGAAAGUCAUGGAUCUCUGUUUCUCUAAGCGGGAGCUGAGCUGGUUAGAUGAUCUCAUGCCGGAAAGCAAAAAGAAGAAGUUGGAUGAUGCCAAAAAGAAGGCCAAGGAGGAAGAGGAGGCUGAGAAAAUGUUAGAAAUGGGGGGAGACAAGUUCCCCUUAGAGAGCAGGAAGUUACUAAGUAGUCCUGGAAAGAACAACAGUUUCAGAUGUGACCCCUCUGAGAUUAAUAUAUCUGAUGAAAUGCCUAAAACCACAGUCUGGAAAGCUCUCAGUAUGAAUUCUGGAAACACAAAGGAAAAGAGAACUGCCACCACUGAAGACCCAGCUUCCCAUUUGCCAGACGUUUCCUCUGAAACCCUCUGCUGGCCUGCUGAGCCGAAUGGAUCCAUUCUGCCACUGAGGAUUUCCUCAGUGAGGUCCCUCUUGCUCAAGGACAGGGUGAGGAAGUAGGAGGAGAGCGGAGAGGAAAAGGAAGCCUCCCCAGUCCCAUAGUGACUGCAGGCUCCUGGGCAGCCCCGGGCCUUGGUUUGGUUGCCUGCUCUGGGGGAUGCUGGUCAGACCCAGAGGUCACCAGGAGGGUCUGCUCCUAGGAGGGUCAGCGCCCUGGGCGUUGGCAGUGCUCACCGCCACAGCCAGAAGAUGCCUCCGGCCUGGUGCAUCUUCAUCGCUCCCUAGCAGCAGCCCGCAUAGCUCAGCAAGAACCUUGGAUGAUGAAAGGGCCAAGAGGGACAUUGAAGUUGCUUAGCUCAGACAGGAAAAGGCCUGGGGGAAAAUCAGUGGUGGUGAGUGAGGAUGAGCAGCUUCUCUUAACUUCAUUGAUAGAGUAAGAGAACAAGCUUCAGUGGCUACAGAAGGAAUUAGUUUAGACACCAGGAAGGACUUCCUAGCCUGAAGAUUUGUCAUAGUGUCUGCUUUCUAGAUAUCUGGGAAAGGUUUGAAUGUAGUCGUUUGUGAGUAGAAAAGGAGAUAAGGUUUUUUAAUUGGCCAUGUUGUGGAAACAUCCAUGUCCUGCUGCUGUCUCUUGAGAACACACUCUGAUUCCAUUCCUGGAGAGAUCCAAGUGCUUACGUAAUGUCUCCUUAGCUGCCUUAGUAGCAAACCAUCACCAACUCAAUGGACCAAACCACCUUCAUCAUCCUGGAUUUUUUUGUUGACAGAUGUUCUGACUUUCAGAUGUAAAAAGCCACACUGGGAAAUGAACUGUAAGUGGUGAAAUUAAUUUUGGUAUUUAGUUUAAAACUAUAUUUAUAGUUUCUGUCUCCUCUUCUCUUUUGCAAUGAAUAUCGAGGGUUUGGGCUCCAUUGUGUAUAGACUUUCCCUUCCUUUGUGCACAGAAUGUGACUAGCAAGCAUGUCGGUACCCAGGGGAUCUGAUCAGUUCAGUUUCCAUCCUGGAAAAUAAUUGUACAGUGGGACCGUCCCUCGGUGUGCUCUCCUUUCAUAGGUGAAGAGUUGGCUACGUAACUUUAUUGAAUUUUGCAUUCCUUAGACUCAUAAAUAUAUUAAUGUAGUCUUACUCUUAGGACCUUUGAUAUUGAAGGAAUCCUGCCUUUUCCUAUUUCCCUAUGUCUUAGAGUCAGUCCUUUUAAUACACAGAUGAUUUUCAAAAUAUUUAACAACUGGUACAGGAUGGGCACCAACCACUCAGAACGGAUGCCUGCUGUAAACAAGCAGUAUGUGUGGCCAUACCAGUGCCUAUUGGCUGAACGUCACGCUGCUUUCAAAUAUUAAAAUGACAUCCCUUUGAAUUGUGGGUAUUGUUCCUGGCUUGUCUGAUUUCUACUCACAAGGUUGUUUCAGGGACAGCCUCGGCAUCCUUUCAUAUGGUGCAGACAGGAACAGGCAUGCUUCUUUGAACUACAUGGGCAUUAAAAUCUUUGAGAGCCAAAGCUUCACAUUUUAUCACUUUAGGAUAAAUGUAGUAUUGUACCCGUUUACCUACCCAAUUUAGAAAAAUCAUAAGGCAACCUGUCAUUGGGAAAAGCUUUCUUGCUGACUUUCCCUGUCCCUCUCUGCUUCCUUGAGCUUGCCUCCUUUUUCAUCUUCUCUGUUCCCUGAGGACAUCCCCCGCUUUUCUUCCCCCAUCUUGCCCCGCCCAUCUUUUCCUGCCACUUCUGUAUAGGGAGGGUGGUGACCGCUUCACCUGUUCCCCUGGCCUCAGCGUGGCUAUGAGGAAUACAGCAGGGAAGAAUCCAUCAUGCAACAGAACUACGUGACAGAGUCACUCAGAAAAAUCUCUCUACUCACACACUGACGUCUUGUGAUGCCCUGUGCGGGCAGGCUUCCUGAGAGGGGGAGCUUGUCUUUGUUAACUCUGUGUAAUGCGCUUCCUGAGCCAGACCCUCCCAGGUUACUGCGCCUUUGGAACGUUAGCUACUUUGGAAGACUGUGCCAGUCUUUUUAGGCUAUUAGAUUUUCUUCAAACAACAGCCAGCCUCGUUUGUGCUACAUCUCGGUGGUAGGAACCAUUCCCUACUCUUCCUCUCUUAUCUUUCCCGAGUCCCACCCAUCCCUCAGCCCCAGUCCUGGCUGCUUCCCUGCUCAGUGGCUGGUGACUCUGGGUUGCAGAGUCAAGUGCGGGGGUGGGGUGUUUAGGGUAGGAAACUGGGACUGGUGGUGGAGCAUCAACCACGCGUAUGUACCUGUGUGUGUACGCACGUGUGUCUACCAACAAGCGAGAGUGUAUCCAUGAGAUUUCAUUGCUGCUGCUAAACAACCUCGUGCACCUAAGCUGUGGGGACAUCAAAGGAAUAUGGUCCUUCUCCCUCCUAGGGCUUCCCCUCUCUAUUCUGAUAGGAUUGCCUGAGGGCAAAUACAGAUAGAUUAGUCUUAGAAAAAGGUGUUUAAGCUCAACAUUAAGGAGAAACUGAUUUAGGGGUAGAAAGCAGGUAGUUAGGUAAUUCCCAUGCCCAGGCUUGCUUGGGCCAGAGAAGUAGUCCACCUCUUUUCUGACAAGGGGAAAUUUCAGGAGUCGUUUGAGUGUUGGCAGGGCAAUGCCCUGAUAGGCUGGCAGUGGAGAGUAGGAAGGGAGGGAGGCCAGGAAUUUAAGAAAAUGAUGGUGAGUGGAAUCUUGCUUCUAAACAGAAGAACUGGCAUCACUAAGUGGGUGGGUUACGUCCUAGCCCAUGACUUACAGAAGGGUUGGUUUAGAUAGGAGGUGAAGGCCAGCAGAAAUAUGCUGUGAAAUUGCUCAACAUGUCUGGUUGUAGGAAAUGCAGGCUAGUUCUUUGUAGCUGUAUAUGAUUUCAGAUUUCUGAUAAUGGGAUUAUCAGGAGAGCUGGUCUUUACUGCACUCAGCUCCUAUCCCCCUCUCCUUGUUGGUAUAAAUUUGCCUUUGGGGUAAAGAGGUAGGGAACCAUAUAUUUUAAAAAGAUGUUAUAAAUAGUUGCUAUUUCUAUUUGUCUGAGAUGUGACUGGCUUUUAAAUUAGUCAUAAAUAUUUGAUAAAAAUCUGGUAUAUGCUAAGUCUUAGGUUUUGUUGACAUCUCAGGCUGACAACUGUGACCUUCAAGAGGUCUCUGGUUUGGGGAAUCUGGUUUUUGGUCAUUCAAAAAACACAAUUCCCAGUUCGACUUUAUUUUCUACCUACUCAGUGCUCUAGUCUUCUCUCUUAAUAGAGGAAUCAGUAAUUCUCCCUGGAGCUUCUCUGUCGACUUCAGUGUCCAUGUUCGGAGUCUCCACAUUUUCCUGAUGCGUAGGAGAAGGCUUGAGCCCAGGGCCCGUGGCUUUCAUUUUAACCAGCAUCAGACAUACUAUUUAGCAUGCUCUCUCUGCUACUUAAUCAGCUUCUCUAAAUGUCUUCUUUUGCUGGAGAGUUAGUACCACUUCCGAGGAUUUUUAAUCACUCUUUGCUAGUUUGGUACUGCAUUUUCCUCAGACUUCUCAGGUUUCCAAGCCAUAUCCUGGCAGGACAUUCAACAUGCAUCGGAUGUUCUCAGGCUUCUUGACUUUCUUUUGGUUGUAGCUGCCAGGCCUCCUAAGGUAGAAAUCCUUCCUUUUGGCCCUGACUGGCCAAAUGAGACAGCGUCUAAGUUCUGCCCCCUUGUACUGACUCAGCUUUUUCACGUACUCUUUCCCGUCCUUUCUGUCUUUUCCUCAGUCUUUCAAGUUUUCCUUGGAGGGAAGAAGUUCUUGGUCAGAGGUCCUAACCACCACAGCCAGUUAGGGCUGGUGAGAGGGGGAGGAGGCUGGACAGUUCUGGGGCUUCUCAAAAAGGUGAGACUUUAUGGUUAUUUGCCUUAUUUAGGACGAGGGACUAAGGAUUCUCAAGCCCUCAGGGUCAUCCAUAUUUCAGUGUAAAUAGAGAAAGACAUUCCAAAACCAAAUAGAAGGGAUUUUUCUGCCAAAUCUACUCUUUAUGAUUCUUGGUGCCCUUGGGGUCUUGCAUUUAUUAUAGAGAAUGGGUAGUUGACUCAGUUCACAUUUCUUUAUCGUAAAGGAGGCUGAUUUUCACCACCAAAAGAGGUGUGAAGUAACUAUAUGAUUGCUUGAAGCUUGGAAAGAGGAAAGGAGUGUCACGUGAAUCUUUUCAAGAGGAAAAUUCAGAAAGUGGCAUGAUUCAUCCAUUAGGCAUAAUUCUUUUAGAAGAUUCUGUGCUCAAAGGGAAUGGAAUGGUUUCUGAUCCUUCUGGAAAGAAAAAGAAUAGCAUUUUCUUUAACCCACUUUCAGCAUUGGAGAAUACAGAAGUUUUCUUCUAGCUGAUGGCAUUAAUAUUUCUGAGAGAGAACGAGCCCACUCACAGCCCUUUCCCGAGCCCAGCAGAGAUCAGCAGAGCUUGGGUUCUCUUAGCAGGUUUGCAGUUGACUCCAACGUGCAGGUUUUUCACACGUGCAAUAAUGUUGGGAAGAGAAGUACGAAACUGAAUAUGCAAUUAACUCCUUUUGCAAAAGAGGCCAAAAUCCUCCUCCCCACGCCUCUCUCCCAUAUUCACUCCUCCAAGACGGUAAGCCUCCCCCUCGUUGAUCUGUGUCUGUCUGUCUGAUUGGUUAGAUACGGCUGCCCUCCCAAGCACAUGGUGUCAGGUGGAGAGCAGAGCGACCUUCCCACGGAAGGGGACGGCUUGAGGUGCUGGUACAUUUCCCUCGUUUUCUGUGUUCUUCUUUCUAGUAGGUGUCCUGUAGAGAUAGAGAUAUUUUUGUUUUAGAGAUUCCAAAGUAUAUAUUUUUGGUGUAAGAAAUGUACCCUCUCCACACUCCCUGGUGUAAAUAGGACCGAGAACAAAUGCGUCGCCGUGAUAAUCCCAUAGCCAUCUGCGGUAGGGAUGGGACCUUUCUCCCUCACCACCAAGUCUCACGGCCUGUGUCUGUGAACCAGGGGAGGUGAUGGUGACACCUCUGCCUGCCUAGACCUUCCUGUGCUCAACGGGUGAAAAAUAAAGUCUGUGUAACUGUUCA